CCGGGGGUCAUCGGGAUCCGAUUGUCCCGAAAGGGGGAUCGAUAUUUCGCCGUUUAUUUCGACGCCGUCAGCCGUUGCUACGUUUUUCCCCUCUCUCGAUUCCCCCUCUCUCUCUUGUCUCGUUUCUCGUUCUCGUUCUCCACCAUCGAUGAUACGACUCGUUUCUCGUUUCGAGCGCGCGGCGAGAAUAAACGACUGGAAAAAGACGGGUCGGCGACGAUCUGCGAAUAUCGCGCGUCCUAAGACCGAGCGGGACUCGGUCGACGGAUUUAACCCCACGACCCCCACGUCAUAAUGACGUGCCGCGCGUUAUCGCCGUGCGAGCUCGAGUUCUGACGCGCCGCUGUCAGUGCCAAUGAUACGUCACUUUGAGGGUUGAGCCUGGGUUGAGCGCGGUCUGUAUGUGCGGAUAAAAGUAUAUAGUCCCACGAUGUGGUCCUUCUUCUCGAGAGAUCCCGCCAAGGAUUUCCCGUACGAUAUCGGGGAGCCUAUCCCAGGUUUGGAGACCAAGAGUAUUUGGACAAUACACAGGGCUAAGAGAAAGGGCACCACGAUGGGCGAGGAUGUUUCGGUUUUCGUCUUUGACGUUAAAAACGGAGGAGAGAAGCAGCUGGACAUUGCCCGCGCGGCUGUGAAAAGACUCAAGACGCUUAGACAUCCGAGUAUACUUGCGUAUCUUGACAGUCUCGAGACUGACAAAAUGGUUUACUUAGCCACAGAGCGCGUGGAGCCGUUGUAUAAUCGCUUAAUCGAAAUGCAAAAAUGCAAUUCCGAGAAUGAGUCUAAGAAGGAAUUGUACUUCUCCUGGGGCAUAUUUCAAAUUACGAGGGCACUUAACUUCUUAAAUAACGACGGGAAUUUACGGCAUAAUAAUGUCAAUCUGUGGACAGUGUUCGUUAACGAAGAGAGCGGCGAAUGGAAACUCGGUGGAGUUGAAUACAUGACAGCUGUGGAUGCAUCGUACAAUUUUUUGCCUUCUACUUUCCAAGUGUAUCAACCGCCAGAGGCUAAGGAAUGCACAAAACCCGCGACUAAAUGCUCAGUUGACAUGUGGGGACUUGGAUGUCUGAUUUGGGAAACAUACAAUGGCAUAUUUAAUAAUACUUCGCAACUUAAGGUCACAGGUCAAAUUCCGAAGCAAAUAAUAACAGUGUAUCGAGAGCUAGUAGGGACUAAUCCAGAAGGAAGACCAAAUCCCGCGGACGUGAUAGCGCGUUGUCGCAGUAACGGCGGCUUCUUUAAGAACAAUCUUGUUGACGCUCUUUUGUUCCUGGAGGAGAUCCAGAUGAAGGAAAGGGGCGAGAAAGGACGAUUCUUCUCGCAAUUAGCGGCACAAUUGGAUUCGUUUCCCGAAGGUGUCGGCAGGUACAAGAUCUUGCCGCAAUUAUUAGCCGCUUUCGAAUUCGGGGACGCCGGAAGCGCUGUGUUACCACCGUUAUUGCAGCUGGGUUCUCAGUUACCUGACGCUGAGUAUCAGCGUCGCGUGGUGCCCUGUGUUGUUAAGUUAUUCGCAUCGAACGACAGAGCGACGAGAUUACGAUUGCUGCAACAAUUGGACCGAUUCGUCGAUCACUUGCAAUCGGCUACCGUUAACGAAGCUAUUUUUCCCCAGGUAGCAAGGGGCUUCCUCGACACAAACCCGGCAAUCAGGGAAGAAACGAUAAGAUCGGUCGUACAUUUAGCACCAAAGUUAGAUUAUAAUAAUCUUAAUGUCGAGACUUUAAGAUACUUUGCAAAACUUCAGUCGAAAGACGAGCAAGGCGGUAUUCGCACAAAUACCACAGUUUGCCUUGGAAAAAUUGCUCAACAUCUUCAUCCUCAGAUAAGGCAGAAGGUAUUGAUUGGCGCGUUUAUCCGUGGAACUCGCGAUUCUUUUCCGCCAGCCAGAAUUGCCAGUAUACUGGCUCUGGCCGCAACGCAGCAAUAUUUCCUGCUACAGGAGGUCGCAAAUCGCAUUUUACCGGCUCUAUGUCCACUUACCACGGACGUGGACAAAGGUGUACGAGACAAUGCAUUCCGUAUCAUCCGAGGUUUUUUAUCAAAGCUUGAGACGGUCUCUGAAGAUCCCGGUCUUCGCGAAUCAAUGGAGGCGGAUGUGAAUACUGCAACACCCAGUCUCAGCAAUGCCGCGGCGACAUGGGCCGGAUGGGCCGUUACAGCAGUUACGGCGAAAUUCUAUCGCAGCCAGUCAGACACGCCAAAAUCAUCCAAUGCUCAUAGCACAUCUAGGAUCUUGUUAAAUAAACCCGCUUCCUUAGAACAAGCCAGCAGCUCCCAGAGCAGCGCUAGCACUACUGCCACGACGAGCAGCGCGACAAGCAUGACUUCCCUCGAUCCCGAUCACGAGCACGAUACGCAAAACACUCAAAAUACAAAUUCCGAUUGCGAUUGGGAUUGCUGGGACGCCGAUAAUUGGGGGGACAUGGAGCAGCAAUCCACCACUACACCAUCGAUGCCAUUGAAUCCAGCCAGUAGUAUAUCACCGUCCGGCCAUUCCCCUAAGGCUAAUGAACAGUGGACCAGCCUUGAGGAAGAACCGGAAGAAGAAACAACCCAAGGUGUUCAAGACAAAAACGAUUCUUCCGAAGUAGGAUGGGAAGAUUCGGAGUUUCAGUCUCUCGAAGAUGUUCCCUUAGAGCCCUUAGAGCAACCAAGCGUUCCUAGUGGAAACAAUAAAUACGAAGAAGCAAGAAGGAAGAGAGAAGAGCGCAAGUUGGCCAGACAAAGGCAGAUGGAGGCGAAACGAGCGGUGAAAUUACGAGCCAGUCCAGCUGCGAAGAAGAUUUAAGCGAAUCAAGUAAAUGCUCCGUAUGUUAAUCAUUCUAUUGUACAUUAAGCAAAUUAAAUAUUACAAGUAAUAUGAUGAAAGUAUUUUCUGUAAAUUUUAUCUAAUGUAAGAAAGAAGUUAAUCCAAAAA